UUGUGGAUCACCUGUCAACUGUCAACAGUUCAACGUAGAACAUAGGCAUUAUGUCAUCGCACGCAAUAAGAGCUGGUACCAAGCAAGUUAGACCAAUUUUAUCUACAGACCGUCACGAAGCAAGACAAAGGGUCCUUAAUUUAUAUAAAGCAUGGUACAGACAACUUCCUUACAUUGUCAAACAGUAUGAUAUUCCGAAAUCUGUAGACAGCCUGAAACAAAAACUGCGUGAAGAAUUCCGCAAGAAUGACCACCUGCAAGAUAUUCGUGUUAUCGACAUGUUGGUUGUUAAGGGACAAAUGGAACUGAAAGAGACAGUCAACUUUUGGAAACAAAAAGGUACCUUCAUGAGUUACUUCAAAGAUACUGUAGAACCAAAACCGAAAGAUUUUCUUUCGAAGUUCUUAUCAGGCCACAAUUAGUAGAAAUGAUAAUGCAAGUGUGUUAUCAGUAUGUAUAUAAACAAAUUAAUAAAGUAACAUGAGUAGAAAGGUGA